AAGAAUAUUAGAAACUAGUUGUGGCUACCGUCCGGAAAUUGAUAUAGACGUUCUCGUGGAAAAAUCUCUAGUAACUCUAUUUGGAAGAAAUUUGUGGAUGCAUGAUUUGAUACAAGAAUUGGGUUGGGAAAUUGUUCGUCGAGAAUGUCGUGAGAGGCCCGGAGAACGUAGCAGGUUGUGGCUUUCCAAGGAUAUCAUCCCUGUACUUGCAAAUAAUAAGGGAACCAGCGCAAUAGAAAGCAUAUUCCUCAAAUUUCCAAAAAAAGAGGAGGUUCUUGCACCAAAAAAUAAAAAAGAGGUGAACUUAAAUGUGAAUGCCUUCUCAAAGAUGGACAAUUUAAGAUUGCUCAAGAUUUGGAAUGGGAACUUUCAUGGAAACAUCAAAUAUCUUUCUAAUGAGUUACAAUUUCUGGAAUGGCAUGAGUGUCCUUUAAAUUCUUUGCCAUCAGACUUUGAAUCAGAUAAGCUUGUUGAACUCAACUUGUAUUCGAGCCGCAUUGAACAACUAUGGGAGGGAGAAAAGGAUCUGUUUUGGUUUCGCAUCGGUUGUAUUGCGGGUUUAAGUUCUUUGAAAAAUCUAAACUUAAGUGACUGCAAUUUGAUAGAGGGAGCACUUCUUAAUGGUCUUGCAAGCUUAUACUCCUUAGAAAUAUUAAAUUUAAGUGGUAAUGAGUUUGUUCAGCUACCUCAAAGCUUCUCUCAACUCUCAAAGCUUAAACAUCUGGACGGGAGCAAUUGUGGUAGGCUUCAAUUGAUGCCUAAGGAACUUCCAUCAAGUCUUCAACAUGUGAGUGCCCAGGAUUGCGCAUCAUUAAUAGACUGCCCAAAUGAGUUCAAAAUAUGGGCUUCACCUGUCUCAGGAACAACUACUUUCAAUUGCUUCAAUUCUUCCCAGAAUCAAGAACUUUCCACCUUGAAUUAUAAAAAUCUGUGGACUCCAUCAUCAUCUGUCCUGGGAAGUGCUGACUUCAGUCUCCUCAUAUCAGAUGAGCGUGAAGAACAGAGUCUGAUUGAUCAUUUUCAAAUGCCAACUGAAAUUCUUCGAAAAGACUUUGAAUUAUUAGAUUAUAGGUCACGUCCCAUACAGGCUGUUUGUAAUCUUGAAGGUAUUAUUCCAGAAUGGUUCAACCAUAUAGUUAAAGGGAAUUACAUCGAACUCCAGCUAUCUCAAGAUUUGAAGGAUGAUAGGAACUGGAUGGGGGUUGCCCUAUGUGUUGCUUUUUCAGUCAAGAGGACUCAUGAAUCUGAAGUGGAACUAGAACUAAUGAAUCAGAUUGAUUCAAAUUCAGAAACUUUUUACUUAUAUCAUUGCACAUUGGGGACUGAGGAAUUAGCAGAAGAAAUAACACGUUGGAUUGAAACAAGCAAGCAAUAUCAUUUAUUUGGGUCACGUGAAUCAAAGCGUUUUCUGGGAGGAUCCUCCAAGGUGCAGCAGAAUUUAGAUAGACGAUUUCCACUUCAGCUGCCACUCUCCCUCUAUGGCCUCGGCUUCAAGCAUCCUACUUCUUCACCAUUCUCUGUUUCUCUGGUGGGCUCUUUCAGCCUAUCAGUCACUCUCAGUUCAGAUCAUCUAUAUGCUGCUUUGAAUCGGAAAGGCAUAUUCACAUUUAGAGAUAAUGAAGAACUUGAAAGAGGACAACCAAUAUCACCAAAACUCUUGAAAGCAAUUGAAGAAUCAAGAUUUGUGAUUGUCAUUCUUUCUACAAACUAUGCCAAUUCAACAUGGUGCUUGGAUGAGCUUGCAAAGGCUGUUGAAUGCAUGAAAAUGGGACAAACAAUACUCCCAGUUUUCCAUUAUGUGGAUCCAUCUGAGGUACGGAAACAAACUGGUAGUUUCGAAAAAGCCUUCUUGAAGCAUGAAGAAACCUUUAAAGACAAGAAAGAGAAGGUGCAAAGCUGGAGAGAUGCACUUAUUGCGGUAGCCAAUCUUGCUGGAUGGCAUUUGAAAGAUGGACCUGAAUCGGAAGUUGUUGAAUUAAGUGGGAGACUAAAGGAAGGAACGUGGAAGACAAGAUGGUGCCUUAUCUUGUGUCCAUUGGUUUGUGUAGGAAAUGGAGAUAAAGCAAGACAUUAUAAGAUGAGAAAGCAAGUUGAAGUUAUGUGUGGUUAA